CCUGCCGGAAGCGCUGGGCGGCUCUGUAAGUUUCCUGGUGUCUCUCGCGGCAGCGAGAAGUCAAGAUGUCAGCGCCAGAGGUCCCGGGGGAUGCUUAUGGCGACGCCGACCGCGGGGACCUUUCCGGGGACCUCCGUAGUGUGCUGGUCACCAGCGUGCUCAACCUCGAGCGGCUAGAUGAGGAUCUCUUCAGAGGAGGAAGGCAUUACUGGGUACCAACGUCCCAGCGGCUCUUUGGGGGUCAAAUUGUGGGCCAAGCCCUGGUGGCUGCAGCCAAGUCUGUGAGUGAAGACGUCCACGUGCACUCCCUGCACUGCUACUUUGUUCGGGCAGGGGACCCGAAGGUGCCAGUGCUGUACCACGUGGAGCGGACACGAACAGGAGCAAGUUUCUCAGUGCGCUCCGUGAAGGCCGUGCAGCAUGGCCAGGCCAUCUUCAUCUGCCAGGCCUCCUUCCAGCAGAUGCAGCCCAGCCCCCUGCAGCACCAGUUUUCCAUGCCCACUGUCCCCGCACCAGAAGAGCUGCUGGACCAUGAGGCCCUCAUUGACCAGUAUUUAAGGGACCCUAACCUCCACGAGAAAUACCGAGUGGGUCUGAACCGAAUUGCUGCCCGAGAGGUGCCUAUUGAGAUCAAGCUGGUGAACCCACCCACCCUGAGCCAGCGGCGGACACUGGAGCCCAAGCAGAUGUUCUGGGUGCGAGCCCGGGGCUAUAUUGGGGAGGGCGACAUCAAGAUGCACUGCUGUGUGGCUGCGUACAUCUCUGACUACGCCUUCCUGGGUACCGCACUGCUGCCCCACCAGCCCAAGUAUAAAGUGAAGUUCAUGGUCUCGCUGGACCACUCCAUGUGGUUCCACGCCCCGUUCCGAGCUGACCACUGGAUGCUCUAUGAGUGCGAGAGCCCCUGGGCUGGUGGCUCUCGAGGGCUAGUACAUGGGCGGCUGUGGCGUCGGGAUGGGGUUCUUGCUGUAACCUGUGCCCAGGAGGGUGUGAUCCGAUUGAAGCCUCCAGUAUCAGAGAGUAAGCUAUAGUCAAAAGAACUGACUCGACCUGGGGCUUAAAGGACUCUUUCACUGCCAUUCCUGAGGCAGGAGUCUCAGUUGAGAGCUGCGCUUCCUGCCCUUACAUCCAAUAAAGAGAUUGCUAACACUGGA